CUUGGGGUCCGGGGGUCUUCCUUGUGUCUCGGUGAAGGAUCCUAUGGGAGAAGAGAAGGUGCUGAUGGUUAUAUAGUCCCGGCCAUGGUCCCCCCCCCCGGCAGACAUGGAGGGUGGGCCGGAUCACAUUACAGCGGUCGGGCUAUGAUUGGAUCUCUCCGGUCACAUGACAUGGCGUCUCUUCUGUCCUUCUCGGUUGGACAUUUAUCUGAUGAUGACCACGAGCAGUGAAGCAGAAUGAACGAGCUGAACCUGAGCGCCGUGGGCAUGGACCAGCUGGGCGCCUCCUCUGUUGCCAACACCCUGCCAGUGUCAGCGAGUCACCUGGGGCUGGCGGCUUCACCCCCACACAACGCCCUCACCACAUCGGGGUUACCUGUGUCUAUUCCUAACCUGGGGCCUUCUCUAAGCUCGCUCCCCUCGGCCCUGUCAGUCAUGCUUCCUAUGGGAAUCGGGGAUCGUGGCGUCAUGUGCGGCCUACCGGAACGGAAUUACACCCUCCCGCCGCCACCUUACCCGCACCUGGAAAGCAGCUACUUCCGGCACAUACUCCCAGGGAUCCUGUCGUACCUGGCGGACCGGCCCCCUCCUCAGUACAUACACCCCAGUUCGCUGAAUGUGGACUCCGGCGGGGGUCUCCCCGUAUCUAACACUAACCCCUCCCUGGACCCUUACCAGUCUGGGGGCUCUGUAGGACUGGAGGCAGCCAUAGAAUCCCUGGAGUCGCGCUCACAUGCUGGGCAGAGUUUACACCACAGCGAUGCCCACGAGGUGGCGCUGGACGCAGGGAUCAGCAUAGAUAACGUCUCGCGGGUGAACAGCCCUAUUACCACCGAGGAGCUGACCAUGGAGGGGGUGACGGGGGACCACGGGCAGAUCGCCAGCGUGUCACGUCCCCACGAAUCGCUCACCGUGGAUGCCAACCUGCCUCCCGACGCCGUAGGCCACGCCGGAGUGCUGCCCCUGCACGGCGGAUCGCUGGAGCUGCCCGUUGUCAUGGAGACAGAACAUCACAUGGGCGCCCGGUCCGGCCUGGCGGAGAACUCUCUGACUGACGCUAUCCACACGGUGGCCUUGAGCAGUAACCCGGUCAGCGUGGCGCUGUCUACCUCACACCAGCUCUCCUCCCUGACCUCUGUGUCCUUACACGGCAGCGGCAUCAGCCUGGAGCCCGUCACCGUGUCCUCCAUCACCGCCGACGUCUCCCUGUCCGGCGGGCACGUGGAUGCCGCCAGUCUGACCUUCGUGCCAACCUCUCUACAGAUAGACUCCAAUUCUGACAAGGAGAACAUGGCCACCCUGUUCACAAUCUGGUGCACGCUGUGUAACCGAGCCUAUCCCUCCGACUGCCCAGAGCACGGCCCGGUCACCUUCAUACCGGACAGUCCCAUCGAAAGCCGGGCGCGCCUGUCCCUGCCCAAACAGCUGCUGCUGAGACAGUCGGUGACCGGAGCAGAAGUAGGAGUCUGGACGCAGGAGAGCAUCUCGGUCCGCACCUGCUUCGGCCCCUUAAUAGGACAAGAGAGUCAAUCUCUGGAAGUCGCCGGCUGGACGGAUAAAUCGGCCAACCACAUCUGGAAGAUUUACAGCAACAGCGUGAUGGAGUUCUGCAUCAUAACGACGGACGAGAACGAAUGUAACUGGAUGAUGUUUGUCCGGAAGGCCAGGAAUCCUGAUGAGCAGAACCUGGUGGCUUAUCCUCACGAUGGGAAGAUCUACUUCUACACCAGCCGGGACAUCCCCGCCCAGGAGGAGCUGCUGUUCUAUUACAGCCGGGACUAUGCUCAGCAGAUGGGUUUACCGGAGCAGCCGGAGAUGCUGCUGUGUCACUGCGGGAAGGAGUGCUCAUCCUACGCCGAGUUCAAGUCCCACCUGAGCAGCCACAUCAACAGCCACCUCCCCAGCGAGUCCCUGAGCAGCGAGGACACCGGGCAGGCGGUGACGCCCAGCAAGGAACGCAAAUGGAAGUGCACGGUGUGCCCCCGCUCCUUCUCCUCCUCCUCCAAGCUCAACGUCCACUACAUGGGCCACAUGGGCAUGAAGCCCCACAAGUGCGAGUUCUGCAGCAAGGCGUUCAGCGAUCCCAGCAACCUGCGCACCCAUCUCCGCAUCCACACAGGACAGAAGAAUCAUCGCUGCGUCCUCUGCGGCAAGUCCUUCACCCAGAAAGCCCACCUGGCCUCGCACAUGGUGACCCACACGGGGGAGAAGAACCUGAAGUGCGACUUCUGCGAGAAGAUGUUCAUGAGGAGGCAGGACCUGAAGCAGCACAUCCUCACGCACACGCGAGAACGACAGAUCAAGUGCCCAAAAUGCGACAAACACUUCUCCAGGACGAACCAUCUGAAGAAACACAUCAACUCUCACGAGGGUAAGAGGGACUACGUGUGCGAGAAGUGCUCCAAGGCCUUCCUCACCAAGUACCAUCUCACCAGACACCUCAAGAUCUGCAAAGGUCCCAGCACGGCGACCCUGACCGACCAAGACGAGGAAGAGGAGGAUUCCGAGGAGGAGGAGGAGUUACUGAGCUCGGACUGUACAGUGUUCACCACAGACGCACAUCUGCCGUCACACACGUGACACUCGCUCUAUUUAUUUUAUUUAUUGUGUGCGCCCGAGGUCUCCUAGGACUGACCCCCUUAUUACAGCCAAUAAGGGGCCACACGUGUAUAUACUGAGGGGUCUGUACAAAUAAACCAAAAUGGAAAGUA